AUGAAUCACGGGACGUACACCUGUGCCCAUUUACACAAGGUUUUAUGUAGCUUUCUCCAUGCUUUGUGUUUUUGUAAAGGCACCAUCCUUUAACUUUUCUUUAUAGGUAGGUGUUCCUCAGGGAAUCUGAUCAGUUCUGUUAAACCUUGUUCCAAAGAAGCCCUGAAAAGUACCAUCAAAGUCAUCUUAUUUCAUGGUUUCAGCUCUAAGGGUGAAAUAAACUAUUUAUAAAUCAAGCAUUCCCUUAGAUAUUUGAACUGGCAGACAGAGGAUCAACAGGAUAUAUACCAAGUGCUCCCGACCUUCCUGCAGCAGCUUCCUGUGGAUGGACUUGAAAGAGCUUUGGGUUAUAAAGCACGCAAGGAGAACACUGAUGGGUCAAAUACAGGAGACUAAAAUGAAAUGAUGAAUAAUGUGAUUAAAUACCUAAACAUGAGGUCACUCACAUUUUAUAAAUUAAUAAUCAAUUCUAGCCAAGUUGUCCCUCACCAACGCUCAACCACUCACCCACCAUUGUUAUUUUAAGACUAUUUUAAGAUUUUAAGACUUCAACUGUGUAUUUUGUACUAGAUCAAAAUAUAGUGGGUCGGUGUGCAUCUUUGCUCCAGGGUUUGCUCUUAUUGGCUUCCCUGAAAUAUAGUUUAUUAAGAACACAUUUUACAACAAAGUCAGAAAAUGCUUUCCAAAGCACUUUUUUCACCGCUUGUCACACUCACCAAUUCACACCACAUUCACACACUGAUGGCAGAGGCUGCUAUGUAAAGUGGCCAUCAGUAUUAGUAACUCUCAUAAAUACAUGUUCAUACAACAGCGAAGAAGCAGGGCGAGCAAAUUAAGGGUUAAGUGUCCUGCCCAAGGACACAUCAGACAUGUGGCUGCAGGAGCUGGGACUCGAAACCCCAACCUUAGAUUGAUAGACGACAGACUAUACCACUGAGUCACAGCUGCCCCGAUCACAUUCAUGAUUAAUCACAUAUAUCACAUUCAGUAUUCAUAAUUUAUCACAUUAUACAUACAUUCAGAAGCAUUUCAUGGGAAAAUAAUCUUAUUCCAGCCAAAUUUAACAAAUCUCUUGCUGUUAUUGGCAGACAGAUGAUACAGGAACAUGCAGUGAAGGACGGGGACUAAUAAUAGGAUGCCCUCUGUGACUGCGCAGUGAGAAAUGGAUGGAUGUCCAGGUGGGAGACAUCAUCAAGCUGGAAAACAACCAGUUUGUCACAGCUGACCUCUUGUUGCUCUCAAGCAGUGAGCCACUCAACCUGGUCUACAUUGAGACAGCAGAACUGGAUGGAGAGACCAACCUGAAGGUCAGACAGGCCCUGCCCGUGACAGGAGACCUGGGAGAGGAUAUUGAAAAGCUGGCCGACUUUAACGGUGAGGUGCGUUGUGAACCACCCAACAACCGCCUCGACCGCUUUACUGGAACACUAACCUUCGCUGGUCAGAAAUACCCGCUGGACAACGAGAAGAUCCUGCUGCGAGGCUGCACCCUGAGGAAUACCGACUGGUGCUUUGGACUUGUGCUAUUUGGAGGUCCUGAGACAAAGUUGAUGCAGAACUGUGGGAAGAGCACGUUCAAGAGGACCAGCAUAGACCGCCUGAUGAACAUCCUCGUCCUUUGUAUUUUUGGUUUCCUGGCCUUCAUGUGCACGAUCCUGGCGAUAGGAAACUUAUUCUGGGAGGUGAACGAGGGCUCACAGUUCACAGUCUUUCUCCCCAGACAAAAUGACAACAAGGCUGCCUUCUCUGCCUUCCUCACGUUCUGGUCCUACGUCAUCAUCCUCAACACUGUGGUGCCCAUCUCUCUCUAUGUUAGCGUAGAGAUCAUUCGAUUAGGGAACAGCUUCUACAUUGACUGGGACAGGAAGAUGUACUACGGACGUAAAGACACCCCCGCUGAGGCUCGCACCACCACGUUGAAUGAAGAGCUCGGUCAAAUCAAGUACAUCUUCAGCGACAAAACGGGAACGCUCACCCAGAAUAUCAUGGUGUUCAACAAGUGCUCCAUCAACGGCAAAACUUACGGGGAUGUGUAUGACUACACUGGUCAAAGACUAGAAGUUACAGAGGAUACAGAGAGGGUGGACUUCUCCUUCAACCGGUUGGCUGACCCUCGCUUCAUGUUCCAUGACCACGCCCUGGUGGAGGCAGUGAAGCUUGAGAACCCUGAGGUCCAUGCUUUCUUCAGACUGCUGGCCCUGUGUCACACCGUGAUGGCUGAGGAGAAGAGAGAAGGUGAGAUUUACUACCAGGCCCAGUCUCCGGAUGAGGGAGCUUUGGUCACUGCAGCCAGAAACUUUGGCUUCGUCUUCCGCUCACGAACACCAGACAGUGUUUCCAUAGUGGAAAUGGGACAGCAGUGCAGCUAUGAACUCCUCGCUAUCCUGGAUUUCAACAACGUCCGCAAGAGGAUGUCUGUCAUAGUUCGGAGUCCAGAGGGGAAGCUGUCUCUCUACUGUAAAGGUGCAGACACGAUCAUCUAUGAGCGGCUGGAUCAGUCCUGCAGCAAGCUGAUGGAGGUCACCACAGAGCAUCUUAAUGAGUUUGCGGGGGAUGGCCUGAGGACUCUGGCGCUGGCCUACAAAGACCUGGAUGAGGAGUAUUUCAACCAGUGGAAACAGCGCCACCAUGAGGUCAGCACAGCUCUGGAUGGCCGAGAGGAAAAACUAGACGAGCUGUAUGAGGAAAUCGAGAAGGAUCUGCUGCUGCUCGGAGCGACAGCCAUAGAAGACAAGUUACAAGACGGAGUUCCUCAGACUAUUGAGCAGCUAUCCAAAGCUGACAUCAAAAUCUGGGUUUUGACAGGUGACAAACAAGAAACUGCAGAAAACAUCGGGUACUCGUGCAACUUACUGCGUGAAGAGAUGAAUGAGGUCUUCACUGUCUCGGGUAACUCACCGGAAGACGUUAAAGAGGAACUAAGAAAUGCACAAACCACCAUGAAAUCAGUUGUGGAAGAGGAUUCAGUGUUUCUGCCACAAGGGACUCUGGUUAAUGGUCCUAAAGUGAUCGCAGAUGAGUUGGUGAACGGAGAGUACGGCCUGGUUAUCAACGGACACAGUCUGGCUUAUGCCCUGGAGCACAGCCUGGAGCAGGAGUUUCUUAAGACGGCGUGCAUGUGUAAGGCAGUGAUCUGCUGCAGAGUCACUCCUCUGCAGAAAGCUCAGGUGGUGGAGCUCGUCAAGAAGUACAAGAAGGCGGUCACACUGGCAAUAGGAGAUGGAGCCAACGAUGUCAGCAUGAUCAAAGCGGCUCAUAUAGGUGUGGGGAUCUCAGGUCAGGAGGGCAUGCAGGCAGUUCUGUCCAGCGACUACUCGUUUGCUCAGUUCCGAUUCCUGCAGCGCCUACUGCUGGUGCAUGGCCGCUGGUCCUACCUGCGCAUGUGCAAAUUCUUGCGCUACUUCUUCUACAAAAACUUCACCUUCACCUUUGUUCACUUCUGGUACGCCUUCUUCUGCGGCUUCUCUGCACAGACCGUGUAUGAUGAGUGGUUCAUAACACUCUACAAUCUGAUGUACACAGCGCUACCUGUUCUGGGAAUGAGUCUGUUUGAUCAGGAUGUGAACGACAUGUGGAGUUUCCAGCAUCCUCAGCUCUAUGUUCCUGGUCAACUCAACCUGUACUUCAGCAAGAAGACCUUCUUCAAGUGUGUCCUCCACAGCUGCUACAGCUCCUUGGUGCUGUUCUUCAUCCCCUACGCAGCCAUGCAUGACACGAUGAGGGGUGAUGGGAAGGACAGCGCUGACUAUCAGUCCUUCGCUCUCCUAACACAAACAUGUCUGCUGUUUGCUGUCACCAUCCAGUUGGGGUUGGAGAUGUCUUACUGGACAGCUGUGAACACUUUCUUUGUGUUGGGCAGUCUGGGCAUGUACUUUGCAGUCACGUUCACCAUGUACAGUAACGGCAUGUUUCUCAUGGUGCCGCCAGCCUUCCCCUUUAUAGGAACCGCCCAAAACUCUCUGAGCCAGCCAAAUGUUUGGCUGACGAUCCUCCUCACCUCCAUUCUGUGUGUUCUUCCUGUGGUUACCUACCGUUUCCUGUUCAUUCAGCUCUGCCCCACUAUCAAUGAAAAGGUGAUGUUCAAGGUGAGACAGGCCAAAGCCACGCCUCCUCCUCCACCUCGACGUACCCGCAUCCGCCGUACCAGCUCACGGCGCUCUGGCUACGCCUUCUCGCACGCACAGGGCUACGGGGACCUGGUUACAUCAGGGCGAUUCCUGAGGCGGCCUGCGGUGUCGCGAUCUUCAGGUUUCACCAACAUUGGUCGCACAACCACUGGCUUCAGUCCCAUGGGACGAUCGGCAGGGUACAGCCCGACUGGACGGCCACAGAACACCAAGGCGCCAGAUGUGGAGGUGACGUCGCUGCAGAUGUACAGGACAUUCAGAGAUCCAGCUCUCUGAUAGUAACAUUCUGGUUGGAGAUGAUCUAGGAGAAGGAUUACGACAAGAAAGUGAACUUUUUCGGUCUGUCUCGCAUCUGCAAAGUCUCCAAAGACAAGGUUUGAAAAAGACAGGACAUUUUUUUGCUCCAGGCAUUUUAUUUUUAGAUAUUUUAACAAAGGGAACUACACAGGAAGUGUUCAUGUGGGCGUGCAUGCAGAGCCAACACAUGAGAGGUUUCUUACGCUAAAAAAACUGUAACAGGGUGUUUCUUUUUUUUUCUUUUUUUUUAAAGGAGCUACCACAGUGAGACAAAGUGUCAUCAUGUUUACAAACUACCAGGACUUCAUUACAGUCCAGAUUCACAGAAGGACUUUGUACAAAGGAAAUAAUCAGCAAAGCCAUUUUAUAUGGGAAUAUAUUUAUAUUAUACUUUGAGUGUCUUUUUAAAGCGUUAUGUUCACCUAUCCUAAAAUCUGUACAGCCAGUAAGCACUUUGGGAGAAAACUGAAUGUUUGUAAGAUUAUGAAUGUGUAAAACUUAACCCUACAAAAAAACCUCUCCUCAGGAGGAGAUAUUGAUUUUUGAAGCAGGAUUAAGCAUUUUUAACAGUUGGACAUCUUCAUUUGUUUUUGUUUUUUUUACUAUCUGAGUUUAAAAAGUAUUUCAUGCAACUUUAAUUGAAAUUAGUAUAUAUGAGGGAACAUGUGCUGUUUUCAAUUUACAUUCUAUAGAGGAAUAUUAGUACCAUGAUGCAAUGAUUUUUUCUCUUUUUCUUUUUUUCCUUUUUUAUACACGGGUUUAUGGUCGAUUUCAUAUUGGCUUAAAAAAUAUAAAAUGUAUUUUUUUACAGAUAAGGGGAAAAAAACAUUUGCAAGAUCUCCAUGCUAUAAGCACAAAAGACAACUUGGAACUAAGACUGUAAGGUUUUCUUUACAGACCCAGAUUUGGAUUUUUGCCUGAUGAUAUCUAAAUUUCCUUAAGAGUGACUUCCUUUUUUUUGCACCUCAGUGUUUCAUAAAUGCACCUUGAGUUACAUCUUCAAGCCAAAGUACUGUAAGCAUCCCCAUGGUUGCAAUUGAAGGGGCGGGGGCAGUCCGAGCAACGACCUCGGACGAGGACCCUAUUGUAUCUGUAGGAGUUAUUCUUAUUUUCCUUUGCACAAAUGAAUCGCUAAUUUGGGGAUUUUAACGUGCAUGAAAACUCACAAUUUUUGUCACUCACAAGUGCGAGGAAAAGUGGCUCAGUGGCGCCCCCUUGAAAUGUUCUAAAAUUCAGCCACUCGCUACGAUUUAACUUACAUGCACAUUCAUUAUUUUGCAUGUUAACAAUGCCAAUACCUACAAAAAAGCCUCCUAACUUCAUGGUGAAAUGUCUUCAGGAAGCGUAAUUUUCACCAUUUACAGAGUAUCUGUAUUUGAACGCACUUGCCUGAGGGGAUGUGACUAUGCUAGGCUGUAGGCAAACCUUUUGUUUAUCCACUUUUUCAGUUGCUGUAGGGAAAUCAACCAGAUCUACCUGUAUUGUGGGGAGGUUGAUCAUACUGAAAACACACUACAAAUUUGACAGUGUGAUCUUUUAGCUCAUUAAGAGGCAUAUUUGGGUUCAUUAACAGGUUGAAUAACUGUAAUAAUGUAUAGUGACACAUCUUCAUUUGUGUUAUUGCUUCAGCAAAAGUUUGCUUUUAAAUAUCUGAAAUCAGA